AAGAGUACAUCUAAUGGUUGAUAUUUAUUUUCAUGUGUGGUACCUCAAAACCAGCUUCUCGUACUAUAGUCGUUCCCCUAAAACGGAGGCUUUGCAGCCCAUUUGCAGAUCUUUCCUCCGCCGUCCCUCUCCUCCGCCGUCCGGCGUCUUCUCCCUCCUCCACCGUCCGGCGUCUUCUCCCUCCUCCACCGUCCGGCGUCUUCUCUCUCCUCUGGCGAACGACACUUCGCUUCUUCUCCCUCUCCGUCUUGCCUCUCUCGCUCUUCGGCAUUUGCAGUUCUCUCCUCGCCGGCCCUCUCCUCCACCGUCUGGCGUCUUCUCUCUCCUCAGACAAUCGGCAUCGUUGCUUCUGCCUCUCCGUCUUCCCUCUCUCGCUCUUCGGCAUCUCUUUCCAUCAGAAAUCCCUCUUCUCAGGCUGCUGGAUCCUUUAACCACCAUGGGAUGCAAUACUCAACUACCAUGCUGAAUGAUCCUGACAUACACGAGGACUUCAAGCCCACUAAUAAGCUUAAGAGUUCUGGCCUUUCUUUGAAGGUUAUUGUAGAGCUGGAAGAUAGUAGUCAUCUGUACCUU